AUGUCCACGUUCAUAUCUAAUUACGGUUCAAGCACGCUGUCCCGGAACACGCGGCCUGGGAUUCUGACUGCAAAUCAAGAAGCGUUAGUGGCAAGUAAGACUUUCUUAGACCUCUCCUACCACACUACCAGUAGAUACAAGACGGCCUUAUUAGACCUCUCCUACCACACUAUCAGUGGAUACAAGACGGCCUUAUUAGACCUCUCCUACCACACUACCAGUAGAUACAAGACGGUCUUAGACCUCUCCUACCACACUAUCAGUAGAUACAAGACGGCCUUAUUAGACCUCUCCUACCACACUAUCAGUGGAUACAAGACGGUCUUAGACCUCUCCUACCACACUACCAGUAGAUACAAGACGGCCUUAUUAGACCUCUCCUACCACACUAUCAGUGGAUACAAGACGGCCUUAUUAGACCUCUCCUACCACACUAUCAGUGGAUACAAGACGGUCUUAGACCUCUCCUACCACACUAUCAGUGGAUACAAGACGGUCUUAGACCUCUCCUACCACACUACCAGUAGAUACAAGACGGUCUUAGACCUCUCCUACCACACUACCAGUAGAUACAAGACGGCCUUAUUAGACCUCUCCUACCACACUAUCAGUGGAUACAAGACGGUCUUAGACCUCUCCUACCACACUACCAGUAGAUACAAGACGGCCUUAUUAGACCUCUCCUACCACACUAUCAGUGGAUACAAGACGGCCUUAUUAGACCUCUCCUACCACACUAUCAGUGGAUACAAGACGGUCUUAGACCUCUCCUACCACACUAUCAGUGGAUACAAGACGGUCUUAGACCUCUCCUACCACACUAUCAGUGGAUACAAGACGGUCUUAGACCUCUCCUACCACACUAUCAGUGGAUACAAGACGGUCUUAGACCUUUCCUACCACACUAUCGGUAGACGCAAGACGGUCUUAGACCUCUCCUACCACACUAUCGGUAGACGCAAGACGGUCUUAGACCUUUCCUACCACACUAUCGGUAGACGCAAGACGGUCUUAGACCUCUCCUACCACACUAUCGAUAGACGCAAGACGGUCUUAGACCUCUCCUACCACACUAUCGGUAGACGCAAGACGGUCUUAGACCUCUCCUACCACACUAUCGGUAGACGCAAGACGGUCUUAGACCUUUCCUACCACACUAUCGGUAGACGCAAGACGGUCUUAGACCUCUCCUACCACACUAUCGGUAGACGCAAGACGGUCUUAGACCUCUCCUACCACACUAUCGGUAGACGCAAGACGGUCUUAGACCUCUCCUACCACACUAUCAGUAGACACAAGACGGUCUUAGACAUCUCCUACCACACUAUCAGUUGA